AUGAGACCACCGACAUUCAUCAUCCGGCGAUGCCUACCGACUUCGCAGUCUUACUUAGCUGCCCGACAGCCAGCCACUCGAUUGAGAACGAUAUUUGUACGCCACAACUCUACGUUAUCUCAGCAGUAUGAUAAUAUUAUUGUUGAAACGCCCGUCGAUGGUGUCGGGCAGGUUACUCUCAAUCGUCCGAAGGCAUUGAAUGCCCUUUCCACCCCGCUAUUCAAGGAACUCAAUGACGCCCUCCAAAAGUUAGAUGAGGACCCCUCCAUUAGGGCUAUCCUUAUCGCUGGCUCCGAAAGGGCCUUCGCAGCUGGUGCCGACAUCAAGGAGAUGAAAGAUUUGACAUUCUCCCAGGCAUAUUCGAAGAACUUCAUUCAGUUGUGGUCUACUACAAUUACGAACUUGAAUACGCCCACUAUCGCUGCCGUGAGCGGUUACGCCUUGGGGGGUGGUUGUGAACUGGCAAUGAUGGCUGAUAUUUUGUACUGCACUGCCAACGCCACAUUCGGUCAACCUGAGGUUAAAUUAGGCGUCAUCCCCGGAGCUGGCGGGUCCCAGAGAUUGACAAGGGCAAUCGGCAAGUCCAAGUCUAUGGAGAUCAUCCUCACCGGGAAAACAUUCAGUGGGGAGGAGGCUGAGAAAUGGGGAUUGGCGGCAAGAGCAUUCCCUAACUUCGAAGAGCUCAUGAAGGGUGCCACAGAUACUGCUAGUGUCAUCGCAGGGUACCCAAUGUUGGCAAUGAAGGCUGCAAAAGAGGUGGUCAAUCAAAGCCAGGAACUGUCGUUGAGUGAAGGCAUUAAGUACGAGAGGCGAGUAUUUCAUGCCUUGUUCGGAUCUAAGGACCAAAAAGUCGGCAUGGAAGCUUUUGCGAAUAAAGUCAAGGAUGUUAAAUGGACACAUGAAUAA